AUGCAGGUCGACAAUGCUACUCUUGCACUCGCCAGCGCUGUCGCUGUCGCCCUCGCCGUCAACUACAAGCUCCGUCCACCUCCCCCACAAGUGAACCCGUUCCUCCUGGGCCGACAGAGCGUCGCCUCGCCCACACGCCACGAGGGAGAGUCGCCAGUGUACACCAAUUACAGCAACGGCGGCGUGCGCGCGCCGUACCGCCCCGACCGCAACAUCCGCACGCUCCGCGACAUCCUCGACCACAGCGGGACAGUCUUGGAGGGAGGCCAGCGCGGUCUCUGGAUCCACGGAGGCGAGAAGCUUGUCGAAGUCGUGACUGCUCUCAGGGCUGGACUCGCUCAGAGACUCGGCAGCAAGGCAGGCAGCGUCCUGGUUGCUCUCGAGGAUCCGACAGACGCCCUUCUUGCCACUCUCGCCCUUGCUACGAGCGCCUACAAGCCUGUCGUCGUUCGCGCUGGCUCUGGCGUCCCGAGCGGCCUCGAAGUUCUCGCCGUCGUCGGGACAUCCGCGGCCUUGGCAGCGAGCUCCUCUUCGCCACGCCGGCAGCUUCUGCUCGACAAUGAGGACGAGGCGAAGGAGCUGCUCGCGGAUGGACGCCGGCUUGUGAGCGAAGGCAAGGACAGUGCCGCGGAGAAGGGCGAUGCGAACGAUGUCGUCCUCACGAUGGUAUCGGAUGGCGUCUCGCUCGACUUGACGAACCAGAACUUGACGGCCUCGCUCGUCUCGUGGCUCUCCCUCUUCCCCGUCUCGCCAAAACCUACGAAGCCGACCCUCAAGGACUACGUCGUCUCCCUCCACCACCCCUCUACCCCCUAUGGUCUCGGUCUUGCCCUCCUCGCCAUCUUCCAGUCCGCCUCUCUAUCGCUCCCGACUCUUCCUGCCGAACCCACUCCCGAAGACAUCCUCGCCCUCCUCACGCUCAAGUCUGCACCACCCGCGACACUCAUCUUCGCGCCUGUCAAGACUUUCCUCGACCCGCUGUACAAGCUCGUCUUGCAGCAGCUUGACGGCGACGCUUCGUUCAUCGUGCGGCAUGCGAGGGACGGCAAGCUCCGCCUUUUGCGCGAGGGGACCGUCUCGAAACAGACCUUUUGGGACUCGAUCCUUUGGAAGGGCCUUCGCAAGGACAUCAACCUAACGAGCCUACGCGCGAUCUACCUCUCCUCCCCUCCCGCCAUCGUGCAAUCCCGCCUCGACACCCUCCGCUGCGCGCUCGGCUGCCCAACAGUCGUAUCCUACGAGCAUCCGCUCCUCCUCGCGCCGCUCAGCGUCGGCCACAUGUUCGACGUGCAGCGCUUGCCGCCGCCUGGUGUGCAACGGCUAGUAGGCGACGAGAAGAGUCAUGUCGGUGCGCCGUCGGUCGGGAUGGAGGUCAAGCUCAGGGGCGACGAGGCGGACAUGGCGGACGGGCGGAUCAAGGGCGAGAUCCUCGUCCGCACUCCCGUCCUUCCAGCACCCACCUCUCUCCCCUCCUCCCUCCUCCUCACCGACGAGUCGCUCCCGCAACUCCCGCCAUACCCGGGUCAAGCGGCUUCGACGACUUCGGCGGGGCAGAAGUGGUUACGGACGGGCGUGAUGGCGGAGAUGAGCACUGAGGGGACGCUAUGGUUGCAGUAG